UCUGGAGGAACUCUGAUCUGAUCUGAGGAAGAGAAGGAGAAGAAGAUAAAGUAGAGAGCAGAAGAAGGAGAGGCAGCAGAGAGAAGAGGAACUGUGAGGAGGACUUUAGUCUCGUUAAAGAUGAAGGGUUGUGUUCUGGUCCCGGGUCUGGUCCCGGGUCUGGUUCUGGGUCUGUCCCUGGUUCUGACAGUCUGCGUGGCCCGAUCUCCAUACCAGGCGGUCCUGCAGCACAGCCGGAUCAGAGGCCGGGCGCAGGGACCUAAUGUUUGUGCCAUGCAGCAGCUUAAAGGCACCGAUAAGAAAUAUUUCACCAACUGCAAACAAUGGUACCAUCGCAAAGUCUGUGGGAAACCCACGGUCAUCACCUACGAGUGCUGUCCUGGUUAUGAGAAGAUUCCUGGAGAGAGGGGCUGUCCUGCUGCGCUGCCUCUGGUGAACAUCUACAACACGCUGGGCGUGGUCGGCGCCUCCACCACGCAGAUGUACUCUGAGCGAGCUCAGCUGAGGGAGGAGAUCGAAGGACCGGGAAGCUUCACCUUCUUCGCCCCGAGCAACGAGGCCUGGGCUGCCCUGCCCACCGAGAUCCUGGACGCUCUGGUGAGCAACGUGAACAUCGAGCUGCUCAACGCUCUUCACUACCACAUGGUGAACCGCCGGCUGACCUCCGAGGAGCUGAAACACGGAUCCUCCUUCGCCUCCAUGUACCAGGACUUCCACGUCCACAUCCACCACUACAGCAACGGGAUUGUGACGGUGAACUGCGCUCGUCUGAUCAAACCCGACCAACACGCCACCAACGGCAUCGUGCACGUGGUCGACCGCGUCAUCACCGCCGUCUCCAACAACGUGAACUCGAUCCUGGAGGUGGACGACGACCUGGAGACGUUACGCACGGCGAUGGCGGCGGCGGGUCUGUCCGCCAUGUUGGAGAGCGACGGUCAGUACACCGUCUUCGCUCCCACCAACGACGCCUUCGAGAAGAUCCCUCAGGAGACCCUGAACCGGAUCCUGGGAGACCCCGUGGCUCUGAGAGACCUGCUGAACUACCACAUCCUGAAGCACAUGCAGUGCGCCGAGUCCAUCGUGUCGGGGACGCCGAUGGAGACGCUGCAGGGCACCGUGCUGGAGGUCGGCUGUGACGGAGACCACAUGACCCUGAACGGGAAGGCCAUUGUCACCAAGACGGACCAGCUGGGAACCAACGGAGUCGUCCACUACAUCAACGAGCUGCUCAUCCCCGACUCAGCCAAAGUUCUGCUGGAGCUGGCUGAAGGUCCAUCUGUUGCCACGGCGACCAAGCUGUUUGUGGAUGCGGGUCUGUCGGGUCACCUGACGGGCUCCGAGGCUCUGACCAUGCUGGUUCCUCUGAACGAAGCCUUCACAGGAAUUGACACGACGAUGACGCCUGACAUGAAGAAGUUGAUGACUAAUCACCUCCUGAAGGACCAGCUGUCCUCUAAGUCUCUGUAUCACAACCAGGAGCUGGAGACGCUGGGAGGCCUCCGACUCAGAGUGUUCGUCUACAGAAACAGCCUGUGCAUUGAGAACGCCUGCAUCGCUGCUCACGACAAGACGGGGCGCCACGCCACCAUGUUCACUGUGGACAAAGUCCUCACGCCGCCGAUGGGAACCGUCAUGGACGUCCUGAAGGCCGACGACCGCUUCAGCCUCCUGGUCGGAGCCGUCCAGACUGCAGGUAUGACGGAGCUGCUCAACCAGCAGGCGGCGCUGACAUUCUUCGCUCCCACCAACGCCGCCUUCAGCGCUAUGCCGCCGCCCGAACUCAACAAGAUGAUGGGUAACCGCCAGGAGCUGGCAGGUGUGCUCAGGUAUCACCUGGGGGAGGGCAUGCUGGUCAGCGGCGGCGUGGGAUCUCACACCAGAGUCAAACCUCUGCAGGGAGAGAAGCUGGAGCUCGGCGUGCGUAACUACACGGUGUACGUCAACAAGGUCCCGGUGGCCGACGCCGACCUGAUGGCGACUAACGGAGUCGUCCACGCCGUCAACAGCAUCAUCAGACCUCUGCCUCCGAAGGUGGACAGAGAACAGAAUGACGGACCUGCAACUCCUCUCAGAUCAGCCGCCUCUUCCGGGGCUGACUCCAAGAGCUUCAGGAACGACGACCUGUUCCAGCAGGUGGUCCGCAGUCGCUCCAGCAAGAUGAUGACCCAGUAGAACUCCAGCAGAACCUCUGAGGAACCAAAGAACAGAACGGGGUUCUCAUCUUAAAGGAAAAAUCCCCCUCAAGUAUUUUAACACUGAAACAUUCAUCUGAAACAGGAACAAAGUGUAAUAAUCAAUAUUUAACUUACAAAGAGAACACAUCAUCGGGUCCUGAAGGUGACGGGGUUCACCUCUCACCUCUCACCUGCUCAGGUGUGUGUUGGUAGUAAAUCACAGUGCUUUUAUCAUUAUUAUAACGCAGCUAAACUAAAGUAAAGGAGAUGCAUUCAUGAUAUGAUGCUUUCUGUUUGACCACCAGUGUUAUUAACACAACAACCAGUUCAACCAGUUCAACCAGUUCAACCAGUUCAACCAGUUGAUAUAAAUGUGUAUAAAUGCAGGAAAUAAAUUUUGUCUCACUUCUGCGACCAAACCUUCUCUGAAGGUUUUUGGAAGGCAUUCUGGGAAAUGUAGGAAACCACUGAGUGAAGUAGACGAGGCUGGCUGAGAGGAAGUAAUCACUGAUCACUGAUCAAUACCUGAUGAUCAGACAGUGUGAGAGGGUCUGAGGGGGAUUUUUCUUCACUUCGUGGAGAGAAGAAGAAGAAAUAUUGUUGUUUUUUAUUAUUUUUUACCGACUCAGUGUUUUGAUUUCUUUGUACUGUAAAAAAAAAGAAAACUAAUUUUGAUCGAAUGUCACUUCUGAAGUUUAAAGUUUGAACUUUCACAUGUAAAACUUUUGUAAAGUGUGUUGUUGUUGUUGUUGUCGUCGUGUAGUCUGUGUGUUGUUGUCCUGCAGCAUGUCAGCAGGUCAAAGGGGUCAACUCUAACUCUAACCCAGAUCAGACUAACAGACAGACACCGUGACCUGAUGGAUCUCUGGAGCUUUUUAUGCCGUUUUUCUUUGUGAUUUUUGUAAAAUAAAACUGAAAAAUUAGAAAAGACAA